UGAUUCGAUAGUUGAGUUCAGGGUUGCCUUCAUCAAAAUGGCUUAAACUAAUUAGAUUUUUCUCUCUCAAUUGAAAUUUUGAUUCGGAGACUAUUAAAAAUUUAGCCUGAUUCAAUUGUUGAGUUCAGGAUUGCCUUCGUCAAAAUGGCUUAAACUAAUUAGACUUCUCUCUAUAUAUAUAUAUAUAAUUUUUUUUUUUUUAAACUUCUUAUAACUUUGUCAUAUGGGACUCUAACACCAAGAAACGGAAAAAGUAUACAUGAUAUUGAUUUUUGGCUAGGAUGCAGCAAGAUUUUUCUUAGUGUUGCAGGGGCAGAGUUCGGUCACAACCCAACAUCCAGAAAAUACCACCCAAAUAAGGCCAAAUAUCCCAUAGGUUUUGGCUAAUACAAUAUUGUUUUUAUAACUUCAAGUCCAACAAGGUUUUGAAGUUUCCAUCAAUGUAUAUGAAUAAUCUUGUUGUCAUCUUAGUUGCCUCCGCUCAGACAAAGCCAGCUACAGCCUUAAGCCCUUUCGCAUAUCAUGUGGACUAGCAGUUUAUAAACAGUGAGCUUUUGAAGCUGAUAAAUCCAUGGUGGUUGCAAUGGGAACGCUUGAGGUAAUCUUUUAUCUAUCAAACUGUGGUGUGUGUUUGUUCUUGCUAUCAUUUCUUAUCAAGUUCUUUAGCAAAGUAUGGUGGACUCCAAUUCGUAUUCAAUCCAUGAUGAGAUCUCAAGGAAUACAAGGCCCUGAUUACAGAUUCUACCAUGGAAACACCAAAGAGAUCAUCCACAGGGCAACCAAUAUCUUGAGUAAUCCCAAGAAAUUAUCUCAUCAGAAUGUAUUCCCCACCGUGCUGCCACAUAUUUUUUCAUGGGUGAAACUCUAUGGUAUGAAUUACCUCAGUUGGCAUGGUCCUGAAGCUCACUUGGUGGUCACAGAACCUAACCUGGUUAAAGAGAUAUUCAACAAUAAAGAUGGAGCUUUUCCCAAACCAGAACCUGAAGAGUAUUUUAAGAAGCUCUUAGGAGAUGGAAUUGUAACAACCAGGGGAGAGAAGUGGUUUACCCUUCGUAAACUAUCCAAUCAUGCUUUCCAUGCAGAGUGCUUGAAGGGAAUGAUUCCAGCGAUGAUUGCAAGCGUAGAGAUCAUGCUUGAAAGAUGGAAAUAUCAUGAUGGCAAGGAGAUUGAUGCAUUCCAAGAAUUCAAGGUUUUAACAUCAGAAAUAAUUUCCAGGACAGCUUUUGGAAGCAGCUACAUGGAAGGACAGGACAUUUUUGAUAUGCUAAUACGGAUGGUUGUCAUCAUAUCCAGAAACAAGUAUAAAAUUAGAAUUCCUGGAAUUAGCAAUCUUGUGAAAACAGCAGAUGAUGUUGAAUCGGACAAACUAGAACAAGGGAUAAGAGAUUCCAUCAUAAAUAUGAUGAAGAGAAGAGAGGAAGCAGCAAUUAUGGGCCAAUCAUCAGGUGGCUUUGGGAGUGAUUUUCUUGGAUUACUGUUGAAGGAACAUCAUGAUGAUAAUUCUGAUCGGAUAAUAUCAGUUGAAGACGUGAUUGAUGAGUGCAAGACCUUUUAUGUUGCUGGACAUGAAACAACUUCGAGCUCAAUCACCUGGACUCUUCUUCUUCUAGCUAUUCACAUAGAUUGGCAAGAUAAAGCCAGAAAGGAAGUCCUUGAAUUAUUUGGCCAGCAAAAUCCAACCCCAGACGGUCUUGCAAGAUUGAAGACCAUGAACAUGAUUAUCAAUGAAGCUCUGCGGCUAUAUCCUCCAGCUGUUAAUGUCCCAAGGCAAGUCCAAAGGCAAGUCAGAUUGGGGAAGUUAAUCCUUCCUGAAAAUAUGGUAAUCGAAAUUCCAGUUCUUGCGAUUCACCACAAUCCUCAAAUAUGGGGAGAAGAUGUUCAUCUUUUCAAGCCAGAGAGAUUUGCAGAAGGUUUGGCUAAAGCCACCAACAACAAUGUCACUGCCUAUCUUCCAUUUGGGUUGGGACCUAGAAGUUGUGUGGGCUCUAACUUUGCAAUUACAGAGACAAAGAUUGCACUGUCAAUGAUUCUGCAGCGUUAUCAGUUUACCCUGUCACCAACUUAUGUCCACUCACCCAUUACCCUUAUCACAUUGUGUCCUCAACAUGGACUGCAAAUCAGGCUUCAGCCAUUACACCUUGGAUAAGCAUAUACCUGUCAAUAAGAAGUCCUGGAUGCCCUUGAUGUUUAUGGCUUAGCACAGAAGAAGAUUGUUAAGUAUACCUAAUGAAUAUUGAUCCAUUAAUCCAGAAAUGAAUUGUGUACUAGUGUUUUAUGAUGUUAUUGAUCAAUUACAUUCACAUCCCUAUAUAAAGUUCUUAUUAAAUUCC